GCGGUGGUUUAUUGAAUUUCUACUCAAUUUUCAUUACAAUUAUGGCUGACAUAAAAUUUUAAAUAACAUUAAAUUUACAAGAAAGAUGCGUACCUCAAUAGCUGGAUUUGCGCUCAAUGUGCUGUAACAGAAAUUCGUGACGAUUGUUGCAAGUCGCUUCCAAGUUCUAAAUACAGACCCGUGAAUGCUUAUAAACAUCGAUCUUUUAAUAAACAGAUAGACAUACGUCGAGAUUGUCGUCUAUUUUAUUGAAAAGUUUCACCUUUCGAUUAUUCUUUCGAUGUCUAUCUAGGUUUGUAUUGUUCACUAUAUUCACGUUCUAUUGAUUGAUAUUUUUCUACUAUUCCUUAUAGAAAAAAUUUUUUUUUGGAUUUUUCAACGUUUCAAAGAUGUAAACAAAAUAAAACCAACUCUAUCGAGUUGCACUGAAUGGAUUUUUUUAAACUGUAUAAAAUGACACAGAUUACUUGGAAAUAGAAAUUGUAAACGAAAACAAAAGAACUGAAAGGAAAGCAAAAGGGCCAACUCAGCUAGAGGAAAGCUUCACUUGAUCCUAUGAAAUAAUUUUAUGUAGAUUUUAAUAAUCGAAAUUCUAGUUUAAAAUUUAUUGUUCAAUUUCUACAACAUUUAGCUUUUUGUUAGGAAAUAGCUACUUUUUGUGAAUAGACGCACAAAUCGAACAGAAACACAUAUAACAAUGGCGGAUACUUCAGUUUCGAAUGCCAAAAUGGUAUAGAUUGGGUAGCGUUCACUAAUCGAAUAAACCGGUUUGGCAUUCUAGAUUUAUAAAAACUUCAACAUUGAACACAAAAUUGUGUGUUUCGAAAUAUUUUCUGCAAAAUUCGAAUAUUCCAUUGACAUGUGAAAUGAAGAUGUUAAUGAGAAGAAAGUAAACGCGAAAAUAUUUACAUGAAUAUUUACAUUUGUCUAAAUUCUAGAGGAGCGAAAUGUCAAAUAGUUCUAAAAUGUAUACGAUUCUUACCAUUGAUGUGCAUGUGCUCGCGGUAUGUCAACAAUGCUAUCAAUUGGAUUGUUCUAAGAGUCUUUAUUUUCAAUAUUAAUUUUACUCUUAUAUUGAUAUGAUUGCAUCGAAACUUUUUCGAAAAAUGACACUCACUUAUUUGGUGCCUAAAUGCAAAAGCAUUUCAAUAGUGAAUAAUUGCAAUAAAUACACAAAUUGUACUGGUGUUUUUAAUUUUGAAUAUUCUAUACUAUGUACGGACAAGGCGAAAAAUGUAUCGCAUUUUUUUUUCGAUUACUCAUCAGACCAGAAACGUUUCUACACAAAUAUUGAUCGUAAAAACUUAAAUUACAAGUUUGAGAAAAGUAGAGAACUGAUAACAGAAAAAAGAAUGCGAAUGCGUGAGCGCAAGGAGAUUUUAGUGCAAGGGAUUCGUGAUAAAAAGUCGAAAGUCCAAGAGAAGGUCCGAGAAAUGGGGGAGAUUGUAGAGAGGGAGAAGUUACGGGAAAAUAUACUAACAAUCCCAAAUUUUUUAUGUGUGACUCGUAGUUGUUUAGCUCCAUACAUUGGAUAUGUUAUUGUUCAAGAACACUAUCAAUUGGCAAUCGGUCUUCUCCUUUUUGCUGGUUUAACGGAUUUGUUGGAUGGUUUUAUUGCACGAAAUUGGGUUUCGCAGGCCAGCAAACUUGGAUCAUUUUUGGAUCCAAUGGCAGAUAAAUUACUCGUAGGCUCUUUAGUUAUAUCUCUCUCUUGCUGCAGCUUAUUCCCUGCAUGGCUAUGUGGAUUGAUCAUCUUCCGUGAUUUAUUUUUAAUUAUUGCCGGCUUUGUCAUUCGAUAUAUAAGUUUGCCAUCACCGAGAACACUUACACGAUACUUUGAUGCAACACACGUAACAGCCAAAUUGAAACCAACUUUGAUCAGUAAAGUUAAUACAGCAGUUCAAUUGACCACGAUUGCCGCUAGUUUGGCAGCUCCAGUUUAUGGACUACUGGAUCAUUCAACUCUGGUCUGCAUGUGGUAUUUUACUGGUGUUACAACUGCAGCAGCUGCUACAAGCUAUAUCUUUUCUAAGGACACAUACCAACUAAUAAGAAAACGCGAAAAUAUAAAAACAUCUUGAAACACUAAUUCAUUGUAUGAUUAAAAAAAACGUUGAAUUUUUUUUAGUUAAUAAAACUAUUACAUUGAAGAACCUAGA